AUGGCCAUUCCAGUCUCCCUUGUCUUUGUCGGUAAUGUUAUUCUGCCUAUAUAUAUAUAUAUACACACACACACACACAAGCCUCUGAACAGCGGAAGAAUAGCCCUACCCAGAUGCGAGAAGUUGGGAUUUACCAGUAUCGAGUUCCCCCAAAACACGCUUCGAAUAACCUUUCUUGCGCUUAGAUUCGAGGUUUCCCGACAAUCAAACACUUCCCGGGCGGAGUUAAAUCCGGGGCCGCCCGAGAGUACGAUGGUGGUCGGUCGGCCGACGACAUCGUGGCGUGGGCGCUUCAACAACUAGCCAAGAACAAGCCGCCCCCGGAAGUCCUGGAAAUAACCAGUAACACCGUCCUCCAGGACGCCUGCGCAGAGAAACAGCUCUGUAUCAUCGCUGUACUGCCUCAUCUCCUGGACUGUCAAUCCAAGUGUCGAAACGGCUACAUUGACUUGCUGAAGAAGGGCGCCGAGAAGUUUAAGGACAACGACUGGGGGUAGGUUACCUCAUGUCGCAUAAAUCUAGGUUGGUGCAGUUGUUGUAGGCCGACUGUUCAUGCAUUCUGAUGUCACAUUUUGCCUUCUUGUGGGUAAGGAUGACAUUUAUUUCUCUGCAGGUGGCUCUGGGCGCCAGCCAGAUCGCAUCCCGACUUGGAAAAGACUCUGGAAAUUGGUGGCUUUGGAUACCCGGUAAGGCUUGUGUAAAGUUAUUUUCUCCGCAGGUAGCACUAUGAUUUCUAACACAGCCUCCUCCUCUAUCUUGGCGCCGAACCGGUGUGAUUUCAAAAAUGGUGUUUGGUAUUCUGAUUAAGACAGUAAGGGAAACUCUGCAUUAACAGUCACAUCAGUUAACAUGACUUUCUGCAGGGAAUUGCAACGCCCAAACAACGGUUUUGCACUGUAGCCAGAACUGUUCCACUGAAGAAUCGAAGUGUUGGGAACCAGGGGAAGGGGAUACAGGGCCUGUCGGUCGUCUUUCCUGCUGACUACCCAGCUCAUCAACGGAAAAUGAGUAACAGAACGGCCCUCAGCGCAGACUGGCUAAGAAAUAAACAGGCUUUCAAAUCUGACGGAUGAGCAGGCGUGGAUCAUCAGCGACACCGCGAAGAGGACGCAGAAAGUUGGGGUCUUGAUCGUGGACUCCCAUAUAAAGUUCUGGGGUCUAAUUACGUCACUGGCAGUCCUGAAUCGCCACCUGCUUGGUUUUCUUUAUUGUUGUCUCAUACUCCGCAAGGGACGAAUUGGGCACUAGGGAACCCAAGCUGUGUCGAGUUCCUAGGCCACCAUAUCUUAAAUCAUGAGCCUCGGUGUUUCCAGCGGACGAUAAAUUUGGACCGGUGGAAAUUAUGGUAUGUAUGCAAGCUGGUCUGAGCGCAUCUUUAGUUGCACGCUGUAAUUCAGGACCCUUCCCGCGGCUGCAAAACAAACCGAACUAUGGAAUUUGCCUGCCUCUCUAAAAUAUGCUUGCUAGACCACGACUGAAGCAGUAUUAGGACGCUGGUAGAGGGGCGCUCAGUGAUCGUUUUUACGGAUCUCACUCGUCCCGUUUUGCUUUAGGGCUCUGUCGAGCCCAACCAGCAGCUGCACAGAGGCACAUGAUAUUGGCAGAAUGGUAUUACCAACCUCUACCACUAUAUGUUCCCGAACGCAACCGACAGGGCAACGAGCCGGUUGCUCAGUGGUUAGACGCGUUGGGUUUCUAACCAACAGGUCGCAGGAUCGAGCCCCAGGUGUUCCACACCUCGGGGUUGAGUAUGACUGGCUGACGACGGUUAAUAAGCCGGAAAUGGCCAUUCCAAUCUCCGUUGUCUUUGUUGGUUACACUGUUCAGUAUUGAGACGUGUGGCUCUGGAAAAUGCUUUUACAACAAUGUCAUCGGAAAACCUUGCCGACAAUGAGAAAGCAGCGCAAGUCCACCAAGAAUCACACCUGUCUGUUUUCCUGGUGCUGUUACCAAUCCCACUGCUCUUAUAGUCGGUGUCCCAUGUGAAUGUUGCUGUAAUAACGCUUUCUGUGAGAUGUACCGGGAUACUGAGUGACCGUAAACCGCCAUUGAAUAGGCUUGAUUGUCAUCACUGCCUUGUGAUUAGGUUAUUAAGCCAAGGCGCUGGAGGAAACACCUACGGUACCCAAAAUCCCUAAGAAACCACAUGAAAAUGUCUAGCUACAAUGUUUCGAUCCAUGCCACGGCAUCCGCGGGCUCCGCAAUCCUGGGCGAAUAGUAUGUGUGCUGGACUACUCAAUCAGGAACGGAUUCAUGAUAUUGGAUGCUGGGAUGUGCGAAUGUUUUAGUCCCAGGUGCCCUAAGUCCGACGUCGCGCGGUCUUCGUUAGUACAGCGUGAAUGUCGGCUGUCUGUCUAAAGUCUAAUUCGUGACUCGCGCUCAAGAAAUAAAGAUACCGAGUUAACCCCCACUUCAGCCUGCACCACAGGAACCCACUCAAUACUUCUGGUAGAAACUGUGUGGCGAUCGGCAUCUCGCAACAAGCAAGCUGCACUACUUGCGCGGGAACCAGUCAAUGACUGAAUGGCUUACGUGCGACUUAAGGGUCACCUGACGAAUAUCUAGGUAGUCUCCGUGUACGCUGGCGAACAGCGCGACAAAGGGGCCUUCUACUCGCAACUGUAGCAGUUAGUUGAAAGACUCCCUCGCCGUGGUCUGCUUAUUGUUGCCGGGUACUGAAAUUACUGAACUGCGCCCGGAGACUUCCAGCGGUCGCCUUAUUGGUAGCCUUUGGUCUGGCUCUUGGUGCGACUGGCGAGCGAAUACUGAACCUUGCUGGUCAGAACGACUAUCUGCCACCAACACGUGCCUCCAGCAUUGCCACAAACAUCCGUUGAAUUUAUUUUCAAACAAUGGCCAAACGGCCAGUCAGAUGAACUGAUGGUAGGUUCGAGCAGAAUUCCGAAACGUCACGCUAAUAAAGCUCUUGUCCCAGCGAUCGUGUCCCCUUCUUCAAGAACUGCAUUGUAGUUGAUUCAAGUUUCCGCAGCUGGCGUCGCGAUAGCAGAUCGAUGCGUGGUGCUGAAACUGGUGACUUCCAUGGGGCUGACCAUGUCCACGUUUGCACACGUCGGAAAGUCCACCUCUCAUGCGCACCUAGGAUGUCACUUGCAAGACGCCUUGGUGUUGCGAACUUCGAAAACCCAGCACCGCCGAGGUCCUGAGCAGACAGAUCCGGUUUCUCAUUACGACCCGAGCUGAGGGAGAAGGCGGUAGCCAAUGGUCAUAAUUGAAGCCAUCGGUGUACGAGGCAGCAGGCAAAUUUCAUGGAUCCACCCAGUGGCUCUGUUGCCAUGACUGGACCGUCGAAGAACCCUACAGUUUUUUGUCUAGACAGCUGGAGGCAGGUUCCGCAUCAAUUCACCUUACCGCCAACACCGGGGAAUGGAAGCAAAGUCGGCUAAGGAUUGUCGCAUGCAAUAUUUGGGCUGAGGUAGCGAUCCCCAUGGAGCAGGCCUCAAACAUUGAUAACAAUCGAAAACUACUAAAUUAUCCACUAAGUUAGUGGUACGUUCUCUGCGCCAAGUGGUUCUGAUCGCGAUGUGAAUAACGUCUUGAUAGCUGACACGACGGCCAAGGUAGGGCGAUGGCGUGUACAUUUCGGGCACUUCAACACCGAUAACUCACCCACCAUGCCUUCGCUGUCCACUGCAGCAGAAUUUCGUCCCUAUGCAGACCAGUGUCAUGUGUUCCCCUUCUCAGGGGUGAGAUCGCCGAUACGGUACGGAGACCGCAUAGCAACAAGGCGCCCGGAGAGGACAGUACUCUCGCCGAAGUCUACAGGUUUUGUGCUGACACUGGCGCUCUACCUCCAGGAGAUGGCUGAGCAACCGUGCGGAGCUGAGGCCAUUCUUGAUGACUGGGGCACGCGCAUCCAUGUGCUUGUCUUCAAGAAGGGAGACCACGCAGUGCGAUAAAACCGCCGCCUUAGCGUCAUCGACGUUAGUACGAAGGUCUUUGGUGUUGUCAUCCUUAGGCAGUUCCAGGGUUUGGGCACGUUCUUUGUCGUCCGCCUCAUGAACUCUGUCGCUGCCCGCGAUCCGGCGCCGUUGCCCACCUUGAGGCGUCGAGGAGAAGGAGGAGGUCAACGUAAGACGUUCAAGACGUGGAGGUGAGUGGUUCUUGGACCUUCGGUGUUCCGUUCCGUCGUUGGAGAAGAGAAUGGGUCGGCCUCUCCAGAUUAUCUGGCGCGGAUCGUCUGUGACAUCGUCGAGGCCGACUAGAUCGGGCAUGAUCACAGCUGUACCAAAUGCAAGUAAUCAAGUAAACAACAUUGUCGCAACGAGUUCUAGGAUAUAUUUGACGGGUAUCUCGAAGACGCCUCUAAUACCAGGACCCUACCGAAUUUUGAAAAAUGUGCCAGUCGCAUCUUUUGUCAUUACAUCUGAUGACUCCAUCUUACCGGCCCAAAAACCGGCGACAACCAAGCUAUGGCAAUAGCUCCACCGAGCAAUGCUGCUCGCCGACUGAGGAACUAUUUGGCCCAGCUUCUGAGCGCCAUGGACUCAUCUGCCCUAACUGCCAUGUUCACAAACUGGUGUACUGGCCUAGUUACACCCAUUUUCAUUGUGAGAACUGCCAUGACUUAAGCCACUUUAAUUGUGCCCUGAAUUCGCGCAGUCAUCCCCUUCAAUCGCUUGUGCUUCUACCGUGAUUUGCGUGCAGGAUGGAGUCCCUGCUACCCUCGGGUUAUUUUCAUCUAUAUUCGCCGUGGUCGAACAUUUCUCAUGAUGGCAUGCCGCAUGACAAAGACCUAUUUCUGAACCCUCUCAUCGUCGUUAUGUGUCAGAUCUAUGUUUCAUCGAAAGAUUGUAGUUCCGUCCAGAACCGCAACUGGCUAUGUCCCUACUUGCCGACUCAAAUGUCUGACUGGUGUGCAGCAAGACUUGUGGACUAGUGCUGGACAGUUUGGAGUGCUGCCAAAAUGAACAUGUGAAAACCUGGAGACUCUGCAGUGGUGUAUGCACCAGCAAUCACUCCAUAUAUAUUUAUAAACUUGGCAAGUGGGUGACGCACGAUCAUGCCACAAACCGAGGCUGUAUCGUAGCAUUAAGAAUUUCGUGUACUAUCAAAUAAGACUUCAAGGCUGUCUGAGAGAUAAGGGCCUCCACUCAGUAAUCGGGCGAAACUGGGGCCUCGUUGCGGCUUCUUUCCUAAACUAAAACGGAAUGUUCCCUACCGAUUAAGUUGUUUUUGGCGACUUCAAUACACUUAAGCAGUUCAAAGCCUUCGACCAUUGGUAGUUGUGGUGUCUAGGGCCAUUCGUUUCAGAAGAUACUACUCAAGAAUCUGCUCAGCUGGUAUCUUCUUAUGUUUUUUUUACUGAUUUAUUGUCUUUUUGGAAAUAUUGUUUUCUUAACGCUCCAUUUUCUUUACUUGGAUGAAUACUAGGCCCUGGCGGCUGUUAAUGCUCGGAAGUUGAAGUGCGUGGUCAUGCGAGGCUCCUUUAGUGACUCCGGUAUCCACGAAUUUCUCCGCGACCUUUCCCAGGGACGUUCCUCCGUGCCCCUUAUCCCUAUUUCUGGAUUGCCCGAGCUGAAAACGGUGGAACCAUGGGAUGGCAAAGACGCCCCGGUAUGCGGUGUUCUCGCCUUUCUAGACUGACAUCCAAUGCAUCCAGCUAGCCCACCAUGUUUUCAUGACGAGAGAGAGAAUCAAGGUGACUGGAAAUGGUCAUGGGCAGAGCUGUUUGCUCUGAGCUUACGCGUUCAACACAGCUUCUGGUCCUUCACAUAAGCCAGACUUCGAAGGAGAGCUCUUGAAUCGCCCAUCAAGCAUUCCCGUAAAGGGCAUAUUCUGGAGUCAGUGCAACCUGAUCUCCAGUUGUGCCACAGGCCAGCAUCCUCCGAAACCACAUUUUAGCGUGUCGGUAUGAUUAAAAACGCUCAAAGUUUAUUGUAAUGGCCAAAGUAGGCGCUGGAUUUAAAACGCACUCUCCUUCAUAAUACAUUGAUAUGAAGUCCGAUUAGGGGUGCAAUUGGGAGCAAUGGCAGACGAGGCCAAACGCCUCUGUCUAACGCGCACUAGAAGCCCGUAUGAUCCUCGUUUUCGUCGAACCCAAAAAGGAAAGCAGUUUUAAGGGGCAACCAUCUACAUGUACGACGACAGUUUGAUCGUCUCAAGUCACGCUGUCCAACAUGUGCCCCACGGGGUGGACGUAGCCCGGUGACUUUCUCGUGAAUUAGUUUAAAGUGGGGGGCAGACUUGCACUGCCUGCACCACACUCUGUUCCCACACUAGGAUCCGAUGGCAAGACGCCAUCAAGACGACCGGUGGAGCGGAGACUCAGGCGCGGUGGCCGACAAAGCUUAACAGCCUGUCUACGCAUGCCACUCAUGACCUCUUCCCUACAGCUUGUAUCAGGUUUUCAUGAGAGUGGCUCGAAUUUCACGUCUGUGAAAAGCCGCAAUAUGGGGGAACCAUUGAGCCUGACUACCAAUCCUCCAAUUACUCUUAAAUUACUCUCACGGGGAUCGAGUUAUCGCUUCAGUUGGCAGCCUUGCAAGUCAGGGUUGCUAGCACGUCAGACUUAUUGUAGUGAUGAACGCUCUGACCUGCCGUAAUGAUGGCUUCCGCAUUGUCGGCCUCUCACUUCCAUCUCCCACGUACUAUUCAAGCCUGUUAACCAGGUGGUGAUGGGCUUGAUCGCAGCGACUGACGUGGUGUGAGGGUCUAUGUCUACGCAUGACACUAGACCCCUCCUGUGUGCGGCAGGAGUUAUGGGCUCGUGUGGUCUCGGCGCAGUUCGAUUCACGCGUCCUGUGAGCCAAUCUGACUUCCGUUUUGGUCCAGCGCACCUGAGGCCAUUCUCAUGUACUUACGCAGAAAUGAACAGUGACUAUUUUCCUGUUAAUCUACGUUUCACACAAGUGCACGUCCGUUAGAGAAGAUUAAGCAGCCUUACACAUUAGGGUGUCGGGAAAUCACCAUAGACAACCACAGAAUGUACGCAGAAAAGGUCUAUACAUCGUUGAUCCUAACGUGCAUGAAUAUUAUACCAACCAUCCGUAUUACGCCCGAGACGCGCUAUCGUCUAAGGCCAACUAGGCGUCGGUCAAACGGCGUUUGCGAUACAUAACGGAAGAAAUAACUGGAGUUGUUGGAUCUGGGGAUUAGGGUAAGCCCAAGCGCAUUCUACAGGAAUGAGGGCUGGAGAUCAAGAGGGCCUAGGAGACGGCUGAAUACAAGCUGAGAGCUGCUUGAGUCAUUGUUUACUGGCCCCCAGUCCAUUAACAAGUUCAACGACCUUCCCAUCACAUACUCGGUGCUGAGACUUCGCCUAGGCGGAGUAAUUAGCCGCUCGGGGAGCGCACAGUUGAACACUCUUCCCAACGUCGGGGUCGGUGGGUCAGAUGGUCAAGCAAUCAUCACACUAACAUCCAACACGCGUGAUGGAAUUGCUGCAAUUAACGACGCGAAUGACGGCCAUCAAACAGUCAUCACACCAAGUGCAACGAUCCCUGAUGAAGGGGGGAGCCGUGAAUAUUCAUAGGUAUGCGGUAGCAUGUCGACUGCAUCCUAUAAAUACUGCAGACCCUUGCGCAUGAACCACCCGUAUCUGCUUUUCUCUCUGAUGAUGGGUUCGAGCAGGAAUCCGAAACGUCAGGUGAAUAAAGCUCUUGUCCCAGCGAUCGUGUCUCUUUCACAAGCCUUAACAGCCUCCCACUUCUUUAAGUCUAGCCGAUAUCACUAGUGUGGAAUCGACCCCUUAUGACAUUGACGGCUGAGGUCCACAUCUCUGCGAAAACUCCCGAACACCAUGGAAGGUCACAACGAUCCACAUCCCAUCCCCUCACCCUGAUAACCUGGCUUCUCAUCUGAAAUUCACAUUCACGAUGUCCAGAAGACAGUAGUUUCAACACAACAAGUCUGUCUCGAUUGAAAUGCAUACCUCCCGUGUCAGAUAAAUUUCCAACUGACGGAAAAAAUACCCUUCGAAUAAUCUGUUACUCUUUUGUCCCCCUUGAUAUUUCAGACUGUUAACUGUCGCAAUCUGUUUCAAACUUCUAGGUCAUUGAGGAGGAAAAGAUCGACCUGAGCGAACUGGGAAUCAAGACCGAGCUGUAG